AUGAUACCCACCAUCGUCGAGCCCCCUGCUACCUUGACCCGGUUUCCGAGCGCGACUACUCAGCAUUCAGUAUCCCGCUCAUUCAAUUUGGAACAUGGCCAUCCCCUGCAGAAGCGAAUGUUUGUUGGACCGAUUCUCGAGAAGCAGCUUGAGGCUGUUACCGGGCAGUCCAAGGGCAAGAAGCGCCUGUUGGCUCGGCUCGGCUCGGUAGACGAUGGAGACGCGACUAUCUCAGAGUUUGUCAAGGACCACGCCUUUGCUUUUUUCCUUCAAGAAGGUGGCCAAGAAGAGGACUGGGAGAACAAUGAGGAGGGUAUUCGCGAGGAAAUGCUCCGACGGUGGCGGGAAAGCGAGUGGGGCCUUCUACGACGUCGAAAAGAGAAAACCGAUUGGAAACAACCGAAGUGGAUCGGCGGUAGCUUCGAAGUCGGCAAUAUCCUCGGCGUCAACGUUCUUCAUGAUCAAGCAGAAAGUAUCAGAACCUCUAACCGUUCCACACGCUUUGGUGCUUCUUCAUCGCACCUCCCGUUUUCUCUGGACGAGCAUGCGACGUCGAUAACACACGCACCAUCCUCCUUCGUUACCGCACCUCAACAAGGUGCUCCUUCUUCAUCGAAUUUGCAUGUUCCGUCUUUACUACCGAACGGUGGAGAUGAAGAGCUACGGCGAACACAAUCUGACUUUGCCACGCCACCGAGACCAAGUUUGCAGCCUUCCAGCCCUGUUGUGAAGAGCGACAGCGAAAUUCCUGUCGUGGCUAAACGGACGGUUCACUAUGCUCAAUUACCCGACAGGGAUGCAUCUAGUUCAGGCACUCCGGCGUCCCCUUCCGAAGUUUUGGAGAGAAACCCAGCAGAAAUACCAGACACAAGUGCAGCCGCCACCAUCGAAUCGCCUUCUCCCGCCCCAUUGGCCCACUGGGAGGACUUUACAAUCCGAGAUCGUAUGCUGGUCAGAGUUGGCUACACGAAAAGCGAGUCGUUAGGGCCGGCUUUCGACGAAGAAGCAAGCCGGACUACGCGUGGAGUCCGCUACGAAGAAUGGGCAGAGUUUAUCGUCCAAUGGCACAAUAAUAUCAUUCAUUUCUAUGAACCACACAAUAUACCCGGCACAAAAUGGUUUUCUGGAACAAAAUACCGUCUCGCCUAUAUCGUUCCCUUGAAAUCAAGCAACGUUAAACUCUCCUUAUAUUCAUUCACAGACCUUACCUUCUCCUUGACGUGUCCGCCAGCAACCUUCCGCUCCCGCAACAAGAAAACACGCUCCCGGGCGUUGUUUCGACGUGUUAAAGAAGGCACUAAUAUCUUCAUUUGCAAAGUCAAGAGUCGUUCUCGAGCAGCCGAUUGGAUGUGGUCGUCUACUCUCAAUAUGUGUGUUGUCUCCAAACCGUCACACAGGCGAAGACUUGGGGGCGUCUUACCACCUACGAUUGAUGUCCGCAACCCAGCCCUCGAUCUCCAUGUCAAAAUUGAAACUCCAGAGCCACGGCUUCCUGGUCAAGAUGCUCCUGAGAUGUUUUCGCUCACCAAUAUCAUGAGGCUUUGUAUGCGGGAACUUCGUCGUGUCAAAGAUUGGGAGGAACUUAUUGAAAGGCAGUUGGCCCUCGGCAAAACAUUAAUGCUUGCCUGGAGAGCAGGUACGCAGCUCGACUGGGUUUGCGAUGAGUUCGAUGUACGAGGGGAUCCGCGGAGCUCUGCUGUUCUUUAUGGACUAUCAAUGCAACAAAGCCGCCCAUUCCCACAACUCGAACUUCGCCUCGCGCAACACGUACCUCAAUUUACCUCUCUCAAGAACGGGACCCGUAUAUCCGAGCCACCUUCUAUUGAGGGCUAUCUUGAGCGCAUUCGACCCAAUACGCAGACGAAAGUCUUAGUGUACCUAGUCUCCCAUGAAGGCUGCCUCUUCUCGGUUCCUUCAAAUAACGCCAAUCCACCCAGCCCGCUUGGAAUCGACCCAGGCGUCCAAAAUGCUGAAUCCCUUCGGUCGAGUGAGGUUAAACGCGGAACGCAACAAAUUAUGGACGCGACAGGAGUUGUUGAUGUACGCAGUAUCAUUGCCGUGCGGAGGGCCUUCCAGCCAGUCCUGCCAUCGACUCACGACGUUAAGCCACAUAAUGAAGAGGAGGGUUUCGUCGCGCUUGGGACUCCUGUGGAGCGCUCACUCAGUGAUGACGAGGACGAAGGGGGCGAGGAAGUUCUGCGGUCAGCCGCCGACAAGCCUAAUCUCAAGAUGAGGCGUUCGUUUGAACUGUUGCUGAAGAAUGGCCAUGUUAUACGCUUCGAGGCGCAUUCUCGGAAAGUCGCAAUAGAGUGGGUGGAGCGUCUACGUGCAUUGAUGGCGUAUUGGAAGCAACGACAUCGAAUGGAUGCGGCGGAGGAAAUGGACCUAGCACAAGCUUACCGGCCCAGAUUAACACCUCGUCGACAUAUCAUGCACAAUGACAGUCAACUACCUCCAGAAGCACCUAUCGAUAUCACUGCUCCCCUCCCAACAUUAAGCAACCUAUAUACCCUAUGUUCUCUGGAGGCGUGCAAACCCGUUGCUCGUUCUGGGAGGCUGUUUAUGCGGGAAGGCUUUUAUGGACAGUACAAAUAUGUCCAUCUAUUCCUACUCCCAGGACAUCUUGUCCAAUUUCACAUCGAGUCCCAAUCAUCAUUGCAUCUUGCCAUGCACAAACAGAUCAACCUCGCUGACGCAUAUGUCUGCUCCGGCUUUCUUGCCGCCUUGUCGCUUCCUAAUGGGCAAUACAACGCAAACAGUCCCCCUCUUCCGCGACGCUACCAAGACGGCUUGGAAACGGACGACUCGGACGAGGCCACCCUAUUCAUGAUUUGGUAUCAUCCACACAAGUCCGAGGUGCCGCGUCCGCCUCCGUUGGCGGCGAAGCGCAAGGCCGUGAUGUUUCGGUGUCGCAACAGGCUGGAGAGAGACACGUGGUGUUGGGCGCUUGGCUGUGAGAUCGAGAAACUCGCAAAGAGUCGGAGAGAACGAGAAGAGGAUGCGAGGAAUAUUGGAGGAGAAUUUAGUUAG